AUGAAAGAAUAUUUACUAAACUGUUCUCAUACUUUCACUAACAGCACUGUGGCUGCGGAUUAUAUCUUCAAUCGCCUUGAUGUCCAAAUCUGCUUGAUCCUGGCAUACACUUUUGUGUUUUGCUGCUGCUUCUUUGGAAACCUGCUGGUUAUGAUUGUGGUCAUCUUGCAUCGCCGAAUGCGGACCAUCACCAACUUCUUCCUGGUCAACCUGGCCGUUGCUGACUUGUGUGUUGGAUUGUUCUGCGUUUAUCAGAACCUGUCCUUCUACUUGACCAGCCACUGGGCUUUCGGCAAUUUUUUAUGCAAGAUGUAUCAUUUCGUGCACAGCUUGAGCUAUACUGCUUCCAUCGCUAUACUGAUUGUAAUUUCGGUGGAACGCUACGUUGCCAUUGUCCACCCUAUGCUGAGUAAGCAGGUGAUGACAAGUCGUCGUCUGCGAAUUGUGAGCGUAACAGUUUGGCUGGUGAGUGCCGCUUACUGUAGUCCUCGACUGAUCAUGUACGGCACUGCUGAGGUACCUUCGAUUAAUGGAAACAUGGAAACCAUCUGCAUUUUGAAGCGCUCCUUCUAUGAUUCUAAGACAUACGAUCUUGUCAACUUCAUUGUAUGUUUUGUGAUCCCUCUCAUUAUCAUUUCUGUUUUGUAUUCUAUUAUCUGUCUCCGUUUAUGGCGAAGUAAUCAGGUUUCUAAGCAUUAUGGUAACACUACCUUCACUGCUCGUGCUACUCUUGCUUCAAGGUCAAGGGCCCGUUCCUCUAGCCACCCAGAUAAUUUGCACAGUAUGUCUUCAAGGAAUUCUUAUGAAAUGCAGGAUCUCGGACAAUCGCGCACUCUGAAUGGUCGGAACUUCCGAGCUUCAGAUAUUAUAGUACAUGAUGGGCAGUACACCAUGACCCUUAAAAGACCAAGAUGCCCGAGCACCGAAUUACAUCCGACUUCAACCUGUCGCAGUGGCACUAAAAAUCAUGUUCUCCAGUCUCGCCGAAAAGUCAUUCGUUUGCUCGUAUCUGUUGUCUUGACCUUUGCUUUCUGCAAUUUGCCCUUUCAUGCCAGAAAGUUGUGGCAGAAUUGGUCACCUGAUUAUGAUGGCACCAGUGCCAAUUCUUCGAUCUUCACUAUUGUGACCACUUUGAUUCUGUACAUGAAUUCUGGCAUCAAUCCUCUCCUGUAUGCUAUUUUGUCGGAGAAUUUCCGCGCCUCGAUGUUGGAUAUUAUCAUGUGCAACAUGAAUCGAAUGCGCAGAAAUCGGGCAGCUACCCGCUCAAUGAUCCGAAAUGAUGGGAAUUCGCUUACUGUACGUAGCAUCAGCAUUUCCCAAGAUGAUAAUGAUAGAAACCCAGGUCACGAGUUGGCUUAA